AUGAUUGAUGCUGCGAUUCUGGUAUCGAUUCCUAUAAUUGUGAGAAAUAAUUAUGGUUUUCAACGCAACACCAAAAUUGAAUCACAAUUUUGUGCAAACAAUUCAUUUAAACAACAUUUGCCUCUAAGAAGAGCUCAUAUGAGUGAUGGACACCAGAAGACAGUGAAACAGGUAUUUGACGAGUCGCUGCCAUCAGUGGUCAGAACUCUUCAGUACUCGAAAACAAACGCCAGGAAUCUGUUGGACAUCGGAACCGGUUUUGUGGUCACCGAAGGGGACGAGACAUUAAUACUGACUAAUUCUCAUUGCGUUAACGAUUGUGCGGAUAUAACCAUCAAAUUUAGUCACAAAUUCAAUACAUCUGUACUAAUAGUGGGACAGACGGACAGUCAGAUGAUUGACUCGAUUAGGGGUCGUGUGAUAUACGCUGAGCCGCAGAUGGAUUUGGCACUGAUUCGCAUCCCAGCCCUCAAUCGUAAGGCUGUGUCGGCGUUGAAACUGUCCGACUCUGAGCCCAUAGAGGGUCAGCCCGUUGUCAUUGUUGGCCAUCCAAAGCAGUUGGAGAAGUGUCUCAAUACGGGUGUAAUCACAUCCCCGGCGCGCAAAGGGCUGACAGAGUUCGGCGAGACUUUGAUUAAGUCGGACCAGACAUUCAUUAGUCACACGGCGUCCACUCGCGAGGGUUUCUCCGGUAGUCCUGUACUCGAUAUGAGCGGUCAAGUGGUGGGCAUUGCAUUCGCGCGGCAAUUCAACGCCAACGCAGCCAUACCUGCCAUCGAAGCCAAGAAGUUUAUCGCAAGAGGUCUUGAAUUUGAGAGACAGAAAGAGACGGAAAUCAAAACCCUUUUCACCACAAAGAAGUCACUCGGAGUCAUGUUAUAUAGAUAUCCAUCUCUGGACGGGUUUAUAGUGUUUUCAGCUGGAAAUAGGCCCUCAAAUGUUGAAAAUGUAUUGAAAAAGUUUGAUGUAAUAACACAUAUAAACGGCACACCAUUUGAAUCCAUACGUGUUAUGACAGACGCCAUGAAUGCGCUGACAGAUGACCAGGAGUUACGGCUCUCAGUGUUCAGGAAAGAGACGGAUCCGCAACACAAAGAGGUUAACAAAUCCGUCACAAUCCAUGGAAAAUACAACAAUUAUUUGGGAGCGGGAACGGGAUCGGUGCUUUUGACUGAUAUCUCGCACAAACAUGCUGCGAUUCUGGUAUCGAUUCCUAUGAUUGUGAGCAAUAAUAAUGGAUUUCAACGCAACACCAAAAUUGAACCACAAUUUUGUGCAAACAAUUUAUUUAAACAACAUUUGCCUCUAAGAAGAGCUCAUAUGAGUGAUGGACACCAGAAGACAGUGAAACAGAUAUUUGACGAGUCGCUGCCAUCAGUGGUCAGAACUCUUCAGUACUCGAAGACAAACACAAAGAAUCUGUUGGACAUCGGAACUGGUUUUGUGGUCACCGAAGGGGACGAGACAUUAAUACUGACUAAUUCUCAUUGCGUUAACGAUUGUGCGGAUAUAACCAUCAAAUUUAGUCACAAAUUCAAUACAUCUGUACUAAUAGUGGGACAAAAGGACAGUCAGAUGAUUGACUCGAUUAGGGGUCGUGUGAUAUACGCUGAGCCGCAGAUGGAUUUGGCACUGAUUCGCAUCCCAGCCCUCAAUCGUAAGGCUGUGUCGGCGUUGAAACUGUCCGACUCUNAGGCUGUGUCGGCGUUGAAACUGUCCGACUCUGAGCCCAUAGAGGGUCAGCCCGUUGUCAUUGUUGGCCAUCCAAAGCAGUUGGAGAAGUGUCUCAAUACGGGUGUAAUCAUAUCCCCGGCGCGCAAAGGGCUGACAGAGUUCGGCGAGACUUUGAUUAAGUCGGACCAGACAUUCAUUAGUCACACGGCGUCCACUCGCGAGGGUUUCUCCGGUAGUCCUGUACUCGAUAUGAGCGGUCAAGUGGUGGGCAUUGCAUUCGCGCGACAAUUCAACGCCAACGCAGCCAUACCUGCCAUCGAAGCCAGGAAGUUUAUUGCAAGAGGUCUUGAAUUUGAGAGACAGAAGGAGACGGAAAUCAAAAACCUCUUCACCACAAAGAAGUCACUCGGAGUCAUGUUAUAUAGAUAUACAUCUCUGGACGGGUUUAUAGUGUUUUCAGCUGGAAAUAGGCCCUCAAAUGUUGAAAAUGCAUUGAAAAAGUUUGAUGUAAUAACACAUAUAAACGGCACACCAUUUGAAUCCAUACGUGUUAUGACAGAUGCCAUGAAUGCGCUGACAGAUGACCAGGAGUUACGGCUCUCAGUGUUUAGGAAAGAGACGGAUCCGCAACACAAAGAAGUUAACAAAUCCGUCACAAUCCAUGUCAGGCCACACAUCUCAGGCCAGAUGCCGUAUAUGAACUCCUGGGUUACCGUACGGUUGGGUGCGUUGGGAUCCAGUUUCAUACUCCCGGGCUCCGGGAUCUCCGCCAUCGACACCACCUUCUCUACGGGUGCGCCCACUUUCUUGUCCACGGGUUUGGCUUUAUUUGGUGUCCGUAUUGUGUAUACAAGAUAUGCCAAUAAAACAACGGCCAGUCCUGUGAACACCAGUAUCAGUACAAUCACUAUCAUCUCAACCGAUUCCAUGGCUCCUGUAAUAGGAAUGAGUGAAAGAAAGCCGGGAUUUUGGAGACUACAGGAGUCGUUGUCGGCGCCGGCGAUAGACAUGCCUUUCGAUCAGAAGGACAUCGAAUGGAGCGAAGAAUCGAUGGUUAAAAUCCGCAAAUAUAUGGAAAUGGCAUCGAUUGGAGACCCGAUGAUCGCCGACACGACCGCCGAGUCUUUCGACGAGUAUUAUGACAUGUAUUUCGGCAAAUCGUCCACAGAUUCGACAUCGAAGUCAGUCAUCUCCGUAACCACUGAUGAAAGCACACCAAUGGCUCUCUCGAAGGACACCUUUGGCAUCGGCACCGAGUCGUCGGAUGUGACCACUGAUAUCGGAUCCAAUGACUCGACCGAUACAUCAGUUUUGAGUGUUUGCACGCAAUCACUCGAUGACAACAGCGAUGGUCUGUCGAUGACGUCCUCAAAGUCUGUCAUAUCUGUGGAAACCGAUAGAACCCACUCAUCGAUGAGACUCUCGAAGAACUCAUUUAUGACCGAAAGGACCGACAAUUCGAUAACCGAUUCAAUCGGUUCCAACUCUUCGACCGUUGAGUCCAUUAUGAGUCCGCAGACAUCCGGAAGCGUUGAGUCGAUGGCCUCUGCAGACAGUGGUUUGUGUGUCACCAUUAGGACCGCCGCCUCUACUCCUGAGCACAGAAUUCAGAAAAAGCAACAAAAGCUAAAAGAGGCUAAAACUGCUGUACAAAUGGUGACCAAAUGGAGAACUGAUCCAAAGAAUUGGAAGAAAUCCUUCUCAGAGGACACCCGUCGGCGUCGAAGUCCCGGAGAUAUUGAGUACAAGAAUACCAAUGAAAGUGAAGGCAAAGACUCGGAUUCAUUGAGUGAUACAAAGCCGUCGGUAAUGAACACUUCCAGCGGUUCUUUUGAGUCGUUUUCUUCAACGGACGAGAACUGGAGUAAUGAUCGCACUGUCAUCGCAGCCGAUGUCAAGUCUGGUCACGAGAUGCCAGUUCUCGUGUCCACAGAUUCUGACUGGACUUCAGAUGACAUGACAUCCAAUGAGACUUCAAGUGAGACAUCGAUGGAAACGAUUGACGAGAUUUUGGAUCAAAAGAAAAGUGAUUUCAACGAAACUAAAGACCAAAUAUCAAUCGCCAGUGAAAACAAAUGCGAGAAUUCAAUGCCUCCACAUGUGGUCGAAGAGAUGUCCAACACUUCUCCCUCUUUGUUGAAAUCGGUGUUAAAUCCGAGCGAAUGGCGGAAACACUUCAGGUUUGGUUCCCAGAGAAGGGAUAACUUAUUUGAUCCAUCGUCUUCGGUGUCAACCAAUGGCUCAGAAUCUGAUCCCGAAUCACAAAUUUCAAGAACUGACAGCUCGUCUCCGUCUUCAAGCCUUAUGAGCGCUUCUUCUUCCGGAUCUGAUGUCGAUUUCAAAUAAAUUUAUGUCAUUUUUGUUUUGAA